CAAUUAUUCUAUAUAAUACCCAGUGUUACAAAAGUAAACACUGCAAAGAUAAUGGCUUCUACUAUGAGCAAGGAGACAAUUGGGGACUUGAGAAAUAAUCUGAUGAAACUGACAAGAGAGAUAAAACGUAUGAAACUUUCUAUGGACAUCAACCUGCAAGGUGUGUGCGAGUACAAUGUGUAUACAGACUGUUCCUGGGCUGUCCCUCCUCAUUUCUACCCAUUCUCCAUGCCUCACUCAUGCUCUACUCUCUACCACUGGCAAACUGGCUGACCAGACAAGGCUACGAGUUGUAUGCCAAAUCAGACCUUAGGUUUAUCGAGGGACUCUACAAGGUACUACGUGAUGUGUUCCACUAUCAUCCUCGUCUGAGUAAGGAACAGUUCCUGUCUGUUGGUUUUGCUGAGCGGAAAGUGAUCCUCACAACACAAGUGCUGCUCCUCUCCCAGGCCAAGCAUCAACAGCUGACAGUCAAGGAAAAUGCAGACAAACAGCCAAGAAAGAAGAGAUUUGAUCAUAGCAAAUCAUCUGUGAAUUCUUCGAUUGUGACGAUUGUGAGAGCGGAAAGCCAACUAACUACUCCACCCGCUUAUGAAGCUCCGUUUGACGUACCACAUCCUCCCCGUGAUCCCCUUCAACCCAUUGCAUUACACACCAUGUACGGCGGUUCUGUGUCUACCCAUCAAGCCACACCGUCUAGUGACCUUGAAAUGACCCCACCCCCCUCCCCACAAGUCUCACUAUGCACACAUACACCUGAAAGAGCUACAGUGAAUUCCUGCAACGCUAAUUCUGUUGUCAUGGAUACACAAGCCACGCAUGUCACCUCUCCACGGACCACUACUCUAUAUACCACUACCACUAAUCACGCAGAUGGCACUGCAUUAACCAGGGAAUAUCCACACCAACAGUUCGGAACAAAUCAAGAAGUGACAAACGAUGUGGAACAGACUUCAAAUGAUAGCAUUGCAAUGUUAUUGACUAUUAGCAGUCGUAUCGAUGAUAUAGUGAGGACUGUUGAAUCCAUGUCUGCUCGAGUUGACCUUGUGGAGACCCAAAUGAAGAUGAUUGAAUCGUCUCAGAAUUCAACAGCUGUUUCUGAUCGGAGUACUGUUACAAGCAAUCGUGCACAGAACAUUAUCCCCCAGUCAUCAAAUAUUGACACGCCCCACAUUCCUCAGUAUAAACAAUCCGUUCAGUUUCCUACAGACCUCACACACUGUAACACGCAUCACACACCUCACACCUCCCACUUCACACACUCUCCACCUAACCUCUCUCCUCCAUAUUCCCCUGCCACCCAUCAUGACCAUUCCCUGAGGACCAGUCAGCCCUACAGGAGCACUCCACCCUCCACUCCAGAGGAAGCACAUCGGCUCAUUGCCAGUCUACGCUCUAGAGCAAGGAAAACCAGAGACUUUUUACAUCAUGCUAACUCUAUCUAUAAUUGAGUGUUGUCAGAGUGUGUAUUACUAUUAAUUUGUGUGUCAUGUAUAUAGAUCUAUAGUGUACAAUAAACCUGUACAUUGCAGUUAUAUUAACACAUUGUGUGUUUCUAUCAUUUAACAAACAUAGUGUUAACACUCAA